GCGCGAAAGAACGUGGGUGACGAAAUGGUGGACGAACUCGAUUGCAUGCUGUUCGUCGAGCGGGAAUGGCCGCUUUAAGACUAGCGUGAGAUCUCUCCUCCGCAUCGUCAAUUGAUGAUCAUCACCAGCGCACAUUGGAAGCCAUCUCCCAGGACCUUAUCGCUCAGAAUCACAUCUACAGAAAACUGCCCAUCAUGGCCAAACGAGCGCUCCAAGGCGAUCAGAUCGUCAAAUUAAUCGUCGGCGCCGGCCAAGCCUCGCCCUCACCGCCGGUCGGUCCAGCGCUAGGAAGCAAAGGAGUGAAAUCGAUGGAUUUCUGCAAAGAGUUCAAUGCCCGCACAGCAAACUACGUCGUCGGCACACCCAUCCCCGCCCGCGUGACCGUCCGUCCUGACCGCAGCUUUACCUUCGAGAUCCGCACGCCCCCAACAACCACCCUACUGCUCUCCGCGGCCGGUGUCCAGCCGACGAAAGGCCGCCUUCGAGGAGCGGGAAAUGUCGCGGGCCCACGAUCGAAGUUGGGAAUGACCGGCACGGGAAAAGGACCGACGACGAACACGGCGGGAAAUGCUGGCUUGGGAGUGGUGGGCAAACCGGUCUCCUUGAAACAUGUCUUUGAGAUUGCCAAGAUCAAGCAGAGUGAGAGUCGGCUGAGUGGAAUCGCGCUGGAGGGGAUUGUGAAGAGUGUGGUGGCGCAGGCGGGGAGCAUGGGCGUGGUGGUUGUGCCUUGAGAGAAAGAGGAAAUGACGACGAUGAUGAAUUUCUAGCGGAGGGGGCCAGGAGGGAUAGCAGAGAGGGCGAGAAUUCCGGGGUGGACGAGAAGGGGAGGAGAACGUCCUCGCGAUUGUUGGAAAAAACCGAGUCGUAAAGGCAGGAUGCCAGACAGAGGUCUUGAGGGAGUUCCUCGACAUCGAUAAUAUGAUGUGAAAAAUGAGGCACCCUUCCUUCGGCAGAAAGGAAAUUUUGUAUCACCACCACUGUAAAGCAUAAGCGGGACGAUGGGAAUGCAGCAGGAAAGGAGCGAAAAGAUGGAUUAUUUAUCGCCAUCCGGCGUCAGUGGGGCAUCAGGAGCAAAUUUCGGUUUCUUUUCAUGACCACCACCAUGUACAGCAGAAG